UCCUUAUUCACGGAGAUGUCUUGGCAGAAUCCAGGGUCCCUGGGCCGAGCUAUCAGCUGGGUCACCAAGACCAGUGCCAAGGAAACAAAACAUGAAUUCCAAGGAACUGGGCCUAGUUUCCCUCACAGACGACACCAGCCAUGCUGGGACUCCAGGGCCAGGGAGGGCGCUGCCAGAGUGUGACCACCUGAGGAGCGGGGUGCCAGGUGGGAGGAGAAGAAAGGACUGGUCCUGCUCGCUCCUCGUGGCCUCCCUCGCCGGCGCCUUCGGCUCCUCCUUCCUCUACGGCUACAACCUGUCGGUGGUGAAUGCCCCCACCCCGUACAUCAAGGCCUUUUACAAUGAGUCAUGGCAAAGAAGGCAUGAACAUCCAAUAGACCCGGACACUCUGACUCUGCUCUGGUCUGUGACUGUAUCCAUAUUCGCCAUCGGUGGACUUGUGGGGACGUUAAUGGUGAAGAUGAUUGGAAAGGUUCUUGGGAGUGGGGUGGAGGCUAUCUGGGAAGGAAGAGGUGAGACCCAGUGCAGGAGAAGACUGACACACCUUGGCCCAGAGCAGGAAGAGCUCAUCCAGGUGCAGGUGGGCAGGAAGCACACUUUGCUGGCCAAUAAUGGGUUUGCAAUUUCUGCUGCAUUGCUGAUGGCCUGCUCGCUCCAGGCAGGAGCCUUUGAAAUGCUCAUCGUGGGACGCUUCAUCAUGGGCAUAAAUGGAGGCAUUGCCCUCAGUGUGCUCCCCAUGUACCUCAGUGAGAUCUCACCCAAGCAGAUCCGUGGCUCUCUGGGGCAGGUGACCGCCAUCUUCAUCUGCAUUGGAAGGAGCCCUUCCUCCAAAAGCUGAUCUCUGUCUAUUGCAAUUCCUUAGUGUUCAAGCCUCUUACUUAUUAUUGGAGAAAAGCUGUGGAGUUUCCUUGGAGUUUAAUUUUUUUGAGGACAUGAAGAAUACAUAACAAAUUCAAAUCUUAUAGAAUAUUUAAGUUCACCCACCCAAAAUUACCAUUAACAGCUCCAUUUGUGUUU